AGGCAUCAUAAAAAAUGUAUUUUAUUUUUACAACUAUGACGUCAGAUACCUUAGCUGACGUCAUCCGCCGGUUUUCUGCCAGACGACAAGCGCAGAAUUUUCGUCAGAGCAAGAAAUACUGUUGUUAUGCGAAGGCUAGGUCUUUGUUAGAAAUAUAUCAUGUCAGGCGUGCUCAUCCUGUGAAUGGGAAAUAUCGUGUUAAGUGAAACCCGAACAAUUUAUAAAUAUUUUGAUACCGUUUGACUCGGAGUAAAGGUGAUCACAUAAUAAAUCACUAAAAAGCUGAUAUUUUUUAAUUUAAAAGCAUCCAUGAAUUGAAAGCCAUAAAACAAUAAUAAUUGCCGAUUUUGCAAUGUAUCAAAAUUACAUUCUGAAUGUGUGAUCUUUUCAUUCUUAACUUAAUUUUGUCAUUCUUAACUAUUUAUAUUUCUUUGAAAGUACUUUUAAUUCAAAUAUAGUUUUCCUAAGAAAAUGUCCCCUGGUACUUCUUCCGAAGAUGUAUUAUUGAUGGUGAAUCAUGUCCAUCACAAGAAAGUUGAGGGUACGUUAUAUUUAAUGAAUGAGCGGAUUGCUUGGAUGCCUAAUGGCAAAGAUACUUUUACUAUCAGUUACAAAUAUGCUGAUAUAAAAAUGCAGAAAAUUUCCCCUGAUGGGAAGUCUAAAGUUCAACUUCAAGUUGUGUUACAUAAUGGGGACACCACUACCUUUCAUUUUGUUAAUCCAAUGGGGACUAAUAACCAAUUACAAGACAGAAAUGGUGUAAAAGAGCUUCUUCAGCAAUUACUUCCCAACUUUAAAAGAAAGAUAAACAAAGAAUUAGAAGAAAAAAACCACAUUUUAUCCAAUGAUCCAGUUCUAUUUCAGCUUUAUCGUGACCUUGUGGUUACUCAAGUGAUAACAGCUGAUGAAUUCUGGGCAAAUUAUGUCAAAAAGAAACCUCAGAAUUCUGUCAAACAGAUAGAUCAAGAAACAGGAAUAUCUGGUUCUUUUUUAAUAGGUAUUGCCCCUCAAACUGAUGGUUCUUGUGGUAUCAAAUAUAAUAUUACUCCUGAAAUAAUCGAUUCAAUAUUUCGCACUUAUCCGGCAGUUAAGAAAAAACACAUGGAAAAUGUGCCUCAUAAAAUUUCUGAAAGUGAAUUUUGGACAAAGUUCUUCCAAUCCCACUAUUUCCACAGAGACCGGUUACACAUUAAUUCGAAAGAUUUGUUUUCAGAAUGUGCUAAAAGUGAUGAACUGGAUGUAAAAAAUGCAAUCGAUAAAGGUAUCUCGGAUCCGUUUUUGGAUGUUGAACAUUUUGAAGAAGAUAAUAUGGUUGAUGAGGCUUCGAAAUUUGUUGUGAAUACCACCAAUACUCAAAAAGAAAUUAAUCAAUCUAUGAUUAGACGAUUCAACCAUCAUUCAAUGAUGGUUCUUCAAAGUUGUAUGAAAAAGAAAUCUGAACCUGAUGCUGUAGACGGAGCUCCAGCAGCUAAGAAACCAGCAUCUAUUAAUAAUUGUGUGCCUCCAGCAAUGGAAAAUAAUAUGCCAUCAACAAGCACUGCAAAGGAAUCUAAAAAAGCAAUAAUGGAAAGUAAAACUGAAUACGAAGAUUUAAGUGAAAAUAAUAAGCAAAAUACCAGCACUUUAAAUCUUACUAAGGUUAGUCGGUAUCUUAGUGGUCCCAUUCCUACAUUAGAUAAUGAAGGUACUUCUGCUGAGGAAGUUGUAAUGGCUGUUAACAGUUUGAAUAACUCAAUAUAUCAUUGGUCUACAAACUUGCCCUCGGUUCUUACCCCAAGCUCUGCCAUUGUUGCUUUAGGUGAAGUGAUACCAGGUGGUUCCUUGAUGAAAAACUUUGAUGGUACUCAAUUGAAAGAUACUGUUCCAUCAGAAAUUCAAGUGGAGAUGAAACAGUUAUACUGUGCUUUAUCAGAAUUGCUACGGCAUUUCUGGUGUUGCUUUCCCACAACAACAUCUCAAUUAGAGGAGAAGGUACUGGCCAUGCAAGCAAGUCUGCAAAGGUUUGAGUAUGCAAAACUGCAACCAUUUCAAGAAAAACUUGGUAGGAAUUGCCUCCCUCUGCAGUUAUGUGAUCAUAUGCGAAGCUUAUUGCAAGCUGCUUACAAAAAAUUUACCACUUGGCAGAGUCGUUUAGGCAGAUGAUAGUUACUAAGAUUUAGUUAAAAUUCGCUACUUAGCAAAAAAUGAGAUGAUGGACAAAUUAUAUUUCUAUAUUGGUUGUGUAAAUUCCAUUUCAUUGUUAAAAAUGUUACACAGUUUUGUGUAGCUAUUGUUCAUUAUUAAAGGGAAAUUAUAAUACGAUUUAUUAAUUAAUAUCAGAAUGGUUUUUUUUCUGAUACUGGAAAUUUUUUCCUUACAUUUCUGCAGAUAAACAAACUUAUUUGUUCAUGCUUUUAAUAUUUAUUAGAGAUAAUUGUAAAGAAUAAUUGAUGUUAGUAUAAAAUAGCAUAAUUUUUAAUAUGCUCUUUUGAUUUGAAUUUUUUUAAUCUAUGUAUUGUAAUUCAAACUAAAUUUAAAGCAAUAUACUUGAUUUUUUCUUGCUCAUGCUAUAUUUCAUGUUAAUUUUAAUAUAUUUAAUUUUAUUGUUACAUAAGUGGUUAGCACAAUGAAUGCUGAAAUUACUUGUUUUGUUGAAUUAGUAAUAAUUUUAAAGUUAGAAGCACAAGCAGUUUUAUGCACUUUUUAUAUAUUAUUGAACUGAGGUAAUUAAUUAUGUAGAAUAAACUUACAGGGAAUAUUUCUGUUUCAGUACCUGUUCGAGCUGACUAAAAUUGGCAUGUUUUUUUCAUAUUAAAAAGUUUUGUAGUUCAAAUUUGAAGCUAUAUCCUUCAAGUUGGUCCCUUUUUGUGAUAUUUUUUUUUCUUCUAAUUUCUGACUUGCCAAUUCCGGCUACCAAAAUUUUGCAACUUUUUAGCGCUGGUGCCGAUAUAGAAAUCUUCCUAUUCAGUUAGUGAGCAGGAUCAUCACAAGUGCAGUACACUACUAAAACUCAAAUAGCAAUGUAUAGUUGGUUUUUGUCUAAGUUGCAAAUAUAAAAUUUGCGACUUUCAUAUAAAGGUGCAUUAUGUAGUUAAUUUUAUCUUGUUUGUGAAUUAAAAAUACCCAUUACCCAUAGAUUGAAAUAAUUCAUUUAUAUUAAAAGAUACUUUUAAUAAGUAGUAGAAGUUUAUUUAAUUAACUUAAGCUUUUAUAUAAUUGUAAAUUCUAAAACAUUUAAAAAUUGUGAUUUUCUUUACUAAUUUUUAGAAAUGAAGAAUUGUGGCAAUUAGGAGAAAAAAAAUUAUGAAUUUUCCUUAUAUUCUAAUAAAUGUGAUACUUAUAAGUGUUUUGAAACCUUCAACUACAGUAAAGUUUUGUUUUAUAUAGG